GGCUGAAGAAGGUGACAGACGACAUGAAGACCCACAAGAACCCCGCCCUCCGCAAAGGCCCCGCCCCCUUCAAGGCCGGUGGCGGAUCCCCCAAGCCCGCCCCGUCCCCCAAGCCGAGUACCACAAGAACAACCGGGAGAUCGUGUUGGACCAGACGGAGCUGAGACAGUCGGUGUACGUGUACCGCUGCGAGGGCUGCACCAUACAGGUCAAGGGCAAGAUCAACUCCAUCAUCCUGGAUUCGUGCAAGAAGACGGCCAUUGUGUUCGACGAGCUGGUCGCCUGCCUUGAGUUUGUCAACUGUCAGAGUAUGCAGGCCCAGGUCAACAGAACUGUGCCGACAGUUAGCAUUGACAAGACAGACGGUUGCCAGAUUUUCCUGAGUGAGAAGUCCUUGGACACUGAGAUCGUUUCAGCCAAGUCCUCAGAGAUGAACAUCAUGGUGCCUCAGGGCAGUGGAGACAUCAAAGAGUUUGCCCUUCCCGAACAAUUCAAGACGGUGUACAACGGGAAGCAGAUGGUCACCCAGCCGUCCGACCUGGUCUAGAAGCUAAGCAGCGCCGCAGAUGUCGCAACUACUACUAGAGAAACUAUUUGCCUUAUUGACUCUGCCAUUAGCAUGAUUUCACAUUAUAAGUCAUUUCGGAAAUAAUAGUAAUUUUUUUGUUAAGAUAAAAAAGAAAAUACUGAAAGUCUGAGCUCCUUUUUAUUUUUUGGUUUUUUGUUUUGUUUUGUUUGGGGGGAAGGGGGCCGCAAUGGAAUUAUUCCAUAAUGAAUGGAAGUUUUCAUGUUACCAGGUUUUAGCACAGUUAUCUUCCAAGAUUUCUGGAAAGGGAUAUAUUAUAUUGCUUUUGGUGGCAAUUUCUGGAGGCAAUACCAGUUGUAAAAAAAGGUUUGCUCUCUGAUAUUGAACACAUGAAUUAUGUGAGACAGAGAACAUGCAGAUGCCGUUACUGGGCAAGGAACAUGGAGCACUCUCAGUGGAGCAAGAGAUUAAAGUUUUGUUUAAUAGGGUCAUUUACCUCGAAAACCAUGCCAACAUUGUUUCUGUAAAAAUCCGAACAUGUUAAUUAAUGUGAUCAGUGAAUGAAUGCUCUUCUGUCAUGUACUCUGGAUUGCUUUUUGAAGUAGCAAAGUGUGUACGUCUUGUAUAUUAUCUUCGAUUUCACUGAACAAACUACAAAGAUGAAGUGGAUCUCAAAUUGUAGAGUACUGAUGUAGCCACCAGUAUCUUUAUAUAUUUAUCUUUUUAUAUUAUAAAAUUCGGUACCGUACGGUUUUGUAGAAAAUUAUUUUGAAAUAGUUUGUUGAGCUGUUAUACAACCUUCCCUGCGAGCUGUAGACUUUCAGGGCAAUGUGUUCAUAUCGGGAUAUAGUCAUUGUAAAGAUAUUGAGAAGAGUCUAGUGUUUUGUAUAAAGUAUAAAGACUGGCCAAGAGAAACUAACAAUGAAGAGUUUCCUUAACGUAUGAACAAACUGGUCUGGUGUUUGUUGGUUUGAUUUUAUAAGCCAUUGUUAUGUAUAAAACAACUUUUCCAUAUUUAUAUGCGAGACAUUUUAAAUUUUCAAUCUUUUUAAAACAUUUUAUUACUGACAGACCACUUUUUUUUAAAUCCCGCUUUAACUUUGAACAUUUGAAUUUUGAUUUUCUUUGCCUGUAAAGUGCAGAACUUCAGUCGUCCAUAACUCCUGAGAUAACUUGAUGUUGGAAGGCUCAGUAUCUAACCUUGACAAUGUUUAUGUUAGUUUAAAAUUCCCUCUUCCUUUUGCCACACCACACAGAGCUGACAAUCCUCCAGUAUCCCGAAAGCUAAGAAUCUUCUCACUAUUUUUGUAAUGAUUAUUGUAAUUUUUAAUUGUCAUAAAUGAAUUUCCAUGUUUUUGAAAAGGUUUAUUUCCUCCUAGCUAUUCCCUAACUGCUUGCAGUUUUAUUUGAUACAAUAACCACAGGACUUGAUAGUUGAGGGUGAUACUGUCUAUGUAUUGGUUGGCCUGCACAGUUUAUGCUACUGUUAUACUUUUUCUUGUUUUUGUUUUAAGUCGUGAUGUUUAUUUCUCUUAUCUCUAAAUACCAUGCCUGUGAAAUUUUUUUCUCAUAAAUAUAUGCAUAACAAACAGCGAAUCCGAGAAGAAACUAGUGGGUGAGUCUUGUUGAAUGAUUGCUAUAGUAUUCUGUCAAUACAAAGUUCACACUGCAAUAAAAUAAGUUUGAUGACUUUGGAAAACUAAAAUGAAACUUAAAGAAAAAGAUAACCCCUAAAAGCUGUAUCGCAAUAUGUUGAUAAAUUCUCGUGUAUUAAUGGGACUUUUUGAAGAACUACUUAUCUGAAUUGUUUUCCAGUUGUUGUUUUUUUGUGUUUUUUUAAAUUUUGUGAACUGUUGUGGCUGAAUACUGAAACCUGGAAUGGAAGAGUCCUGCCUGAAUAUGUUAAUAUUAUUUCCUCUGUGAAUUUAUUAUUUACAUGACACGAGUUUGUUUUGUUCAGCUUCGUAGUGAGAUAUAUAAGGGGCCAUGGAGACCAGCAUUCAGACUUGUGGGGGGGGGGCACUUGAUGAUGCGACUAUUUUGUGUACUGAAGUCUGUCACAGAGAGCAGCAUUGACAUAUGACAAGACGGCUGUCUCAGCUGGGUCCUGAUUGAGGUAAUUUAGCCAAAGAGCACAUCUCUUGUUAAAAAGUUUUGGAGAAAAGAUUUUAACCCUAUCUUAAUUUCUCUUGCUCUUUCUCGCUCCAACUCUCUCUCAUUUUUUUCUUAAUUUCGAAAAUCUUUUAACCAUUCAUGGCACGAAAUGUACACAUCUUAUAUUUUUGCCCUCCUUUCUUGGUAUCUACCCUCUUUUUUCUGGUAUUUGCCCUCUACCCUGGUGUAUUUUCUUCCUGCUAGCACUAAAUAGCAUAUCUGUACAGGAUAGAUAGGAGACACACUGUUUUUAUAUAUUGGUACAGAAAAUUCUGAAAACUAUCAAUGCUGGAAAGUUUUAUGUAGAGGAUUCUGGGGUCUCGUAGGAAGCUCUCGUUAUUUUUGCAAGUCAUGCCUAUUUUUCAAGUUAAUGCUAUCAAUAAAGAGCUUAAACACUUUCAA